AUACUCAUUCAAUACUCAUUCAAUACUCAUUCAAUACUCCACCAUCUACACCCCAUCUACUCUCCUCCUCCUCCCAUUCUAGCAUGGCCUCGACUACUCCCCGCUGGGCUACCAUAGUCCGCAACACAAACGAGACUAAAAUCAGAGUACAGCUCUCCCUCGACGGCGGCGAACUCCCUCCCCUCGACUCCUCCUCCUCCAAACCCACCCCCGAGACAGACCAUGCCACCCAAAAGUCCCAGUCCCAGGAAAUCGUCAUAAACACCGGCGUCGGCUUCUUCGACCACAUGCUCCAUGCCCUUGCUAAGCACUCUGGCUGGAGCAUCAACCUCUUCUGCGACGGUGACCUCCACGUCGACGACCACCACACCACCGAAGACUGCGCUAUCGCAAUCGGCCUCGCCCUCAAAAAAGCCCUCGGCCCCAUCAUCGGCUACAAACGCUUCGGCUACGCAUACGCCCCUCUCGACGAAGCCCUCUCCCGCGCCGUCGUCGACCUCUCCUCCCGCCCAUACGCGACCAUCGACCUCGGCCUCAAGCGCGAGAAACUCGGCCAGCUCUCGACUGAGAUGGUGCCUCAUGUCCUCCGCAGUUUCGCCCAGGGCGCGGGCAUUACUAUCCACGUCGACUGCAUCCGCGGCGAAAACGACCACCACCGCGCUGAGAGCGCGUUCAAAGCCCUUGCUAUCGCUAUCCGUGAAGCCACCUCGCGGACGGGCAAGAACGAGGUGCCGAGUACGAAGGGUGUUUUGUAGUAGUUCUU